AUGGCUCUCGGAAAUGCUGCCCGCACCCCUCUCAUCCGCUUCCUCGGUCGCCGUUCCGUCCCUAAAUCUCUGGAUCACACUCCCCGCCCUCAUCCCGCCUCCCCCUCGGGCUCUCUUCCCGACUCCUUCGCCGCCUACCGCGUCAAGGCCCAGCAGCAUGGUCCCCUGGGCCGUGCCUCGUUCGUUUCCGGUGCCAUCGGCCGUAACGCCGGCGCCUCCCUCGGCCCCGUCCAAGCCAAGCAAGGCGAAUUCUUCGACCGUGAUGAGCUCCCCUCGCGCUUCCACCGUCUGCCCUUCACCGAGGCCGAGAUCGAGGCCGUCGAGACCGGUGGCGCCAGCCUCUACGCCUGA